UACCUCCCUGCGCUUCCUCCCUCCUCCUCAGAUGAGUCCAGCAGCUGGUCCGAGCACCAUGUCUGCCUACAGCACCGAGGUCCAGCUGGCCACCAGCCUGCUGUGCAGCAACAGCGGAGCCAUGCAGGUGCUGCAGCUGCACCAGAAGCUGCUGCAGCGCUGCAGCAUCACCGAGGAAGAGUUCUGCUUCAUCAUCAGCCGGUGCUCCCGCUUCCUGCUGGUAGGGGAGCGGCUGGAGGACCGCGCGGUGGUCGCCAGGACGUCCCUGCGGCUGUGCAGCGGCUACGGCGGGGGGAAGUACGGCGGGGGGAAGUGCGGCGGGGGGGGCUGCCAGCAGCUGCACCUCUGCAAGUUCUUUGUCUACGGGAACUGCAGGUUCGCCGAGGGCAGGUGAGCACGCGCGCA